AUGAGCUAUCUCUGGUUCGUGCUGCUCUGCAGUUUGGCUGGCUCAACACUCUGUCUCAUGGACCAAGCAUCACGACCCAUUCAGGUACAACUGGAGAACAACCCAGAACAUCCAAGGCUUCAUUCUAGAAAAUAUUGUGAUCCUACAUACAACAACCACACUGGAGGGGAUAUACAGGACUGUGGCCCUGGACAGUACAGGGCAAGAUGGGGACAAUACAGAGGGCAGUGUGUCCCCUGUAAUUGCAAUGGCCUCUCCCAUGAGUGUGACCAAGACACAGGGAAAUGCUUGAAUUGCCAGUUAAACACAGUUGGGGAUCACUGUGAGCGCUGUGCCGAGGGACACUAUGGCAGCGCUAUUCUCAGGACCUGCCGACUGUGUCCAUGUCCCUUCUCACAUCUGUCUCACAGUUUUGCCAUUGGUUGUCUGCAUGUUGAAGGUCACGUUGAAUGCCUCUGCAAGGCUGGUUAUUCUGGAACCCGCUGUGAAAGGUGUGCCAUUGGUUAUUAUGGUGACUCGCUAGCAGAUGGAGGGAGUUGUCAGCUCUGUGACUGUCAUCAUGGAUACAUCUGUGACCCCGUUACAGGCAAAUGUGAAUCUCCAGAUAAGCCAAAUACUGAUGAUGACUGCCAAGAGUGUGAUAGUUGCUUUCAGACGUUAAUGGAUGCUUUAGAGGCUAUGGAUGAUGAGCUCUCCAUCCUCAAGGACCAACUCAAGUUUCAGAGAAACAUCUCCAUAAGUCUUACUGCUCUGAGAAAACUAGAAGAUGACAUUAUUGCUACAAAGGAACUAGUAAAGAAUUACAGAGUAUCUGUUCAAGUGCUAAAGCAGAAGGUGAACGAACUUGAGACAGACAUGGGUGGUGUCAGAAAAUACAAGCUGAAGCUUAAGAUUAAGGCAGAUCAAACAUCUUUAACCAUUAAGGACUUAUUAAAGGAUUUGAACAAAACACACCAAAAGGGACAAAACCUGCUCACUAAUACUGACAAACUUUUGAAAAGAAUACAAGGCAAGUCAGAAGAUUCAAUUAUUUGACUUUUACCUUCAGAUAGAUUUAGAUGUGGUACAGUGGUAUAUUUUUGAGAAGACUGAAUGUUACUGUUUCUAAUUCUUGAUAAAAUCCAAUGUAAAUAUCUGUUUUUCAAACUCAUGCCUUGCAGUAGUAAAUCGAGUAGUACAUUGUAAUUGUAAUGAAGUGUUCCUUACAUACAUCCCUUAAACAAGUCAUGUUUAUGACUGAUCUGGUGCUUGUUUAGAAUUCCUGGAACAACUGAGGAUUUCAAAUGGUAUCGACUCCACUCUGUCCAGCAAGGAGCUGGCUGGCAUGCUGGAGGAGGUGCAACAGAUGGUGGAGCAUAUGCAAAAGCAAAAUUGUAUGAUGCAGAGGAGGUUGGCUGAGAAUGAGCUCUCGGAAGCACAAAAACGUGAGUUUUAGUCAGUUGUGUUCUCUUGAUAUACCUGUGGAUGGCUGGUGUUCAGGUGAAUUUUGAAGUUGAGAGGUUUUGCCCUUGUUUUAGGGCACUGUUAUUAGAAAUUAUUAGACACAUACUUCUUUUGUUAAGAUUGAAAUAUUCCCCUACCAAAUUUAAUCUCUUCCUGCCAUCUACAAUUGUUCAUACUAAACUCAGAAUUUAUUUCACAUC